AUGUCGAGGUUCCAACGGUGGUCAGAGCCUAUCUCAGCCGCUGGAUUGCAUCGUUGGUGUCCCCUCCAAAAUUACGACGGACCGCUAAUCCCAAUCCGAAUCGCACCUCUUCCAGUCUCUCGUCUGCCCUUUAGACUGCACACGGAUCCGGACGACAGUAUACCACCCAGCCACCUGCAGCCGCCUGAUCGACCGGUUCGGACAAACGCGGCUCCACACAGUCGCAGCUGCCUUCGACAAAUGCAGUAUAACAGUUCGACCGUCGAUGUCGACUAUGUCCACCAUGCGCUCCAGAGCAAGGUGAAGCAGACACCGUGACUUGCACGUGACUGCCGUGCCAUAAAUACUGCACUCCUGGUGCCACCAUCACCUUUAUCUGCGAAUGUCUCUGAUGAUGGAUUCGAGUGAGAAUCCGAAACGUCGGGCAAAUAAAUUUCUUGUUCCAGUGAUCGCAUCUUCAUCUUCUGAACGACCUACCACUGUCAGAACAUGGCCUGACCUCACCAGUGGCUAUUGCCGCCAUCGUUCUGGUGCCUUUGGUUUUCCCUUGGGCCCAGCGACUUGGCCUAGUGAUUGUGGCGUUCGAAAGCCCAACCACCAUCUUCGGCAGCAACCAAUUGGUUAUCCCGAUGUGAUACGAACAUGCUACGGCCAGAAGUAGCUUUAUACAAUCAUCAAGAAAUUCCUACUCGUCUUCACCUUCCUGUUUUCCCUGUGCUACUCAUCGAGGCCACCAAUAGGAAAACGGGGUUGUCGAUGCCCUUUCAUGAAUCGACAUGGGUUUUAUCGACAAAACUCAGCAGUACAAAUCCAGAUCAUACGCCGAUCAAUGUUUUUCGAGCAACCGUCUCAAUGUGAUGCUGUCAGAACAGAUCUCAUCCCUGUCCCAGACCUUCCUCCGUCCAUUUCCAAAGAAUCCACUGUUCGUGUGUUAUUCUCAUGCACUCAGCAUGCUACUGGACAAACGACUAUGAAGCUUCACUUCAAUCCAAUUUUUCGCGCAUGGAUGACAGUGAACCUAUUUCACUAAUGCAUUCGUCUGACUCAGCACUCACUGGAUGCAUUGUGUCCGAUAUGUCCUUUUCUCUCAUACCAACUUGUCAACUCAUCGGCACGCUAACAGGACCACGCCAGCACAUCUGUGGCCCAUGCCACAACUGAGCUUCUGCAAAUGUCGCAGCAUCAACCUUGAACGCUGCCCGAACAACGCCUGUCAUCAUCAGCACACGCCCUCAAAUCCGCAUGUUCAAUGGACCAGCCCAUUCGUUUGCUUCACGAUCGAUGCCAUUAUUUCCUUCCGUGUCUGGUGGGAGCUGUUGCCGACAGCUGUUACCUAAGCCUAAAUGUUUCCCUUUAACGGUCCGAUACCUUUUCAGUAUCUACGCCUGUUGUUUUAGCGCAAUCGGAGCAAAAUUGCAAACACACUCUUGCGCUUUCGAUGCAUAUGCUUGGCAAUCGGGCCCUCGAACUAUUGAACGUUAGUUUUACAUGCUGACUGACUUUUCUUCUGACGACCACAGUCAGCCAAAUGCGCAUCAUUGGUGGUUUCGAGCUUGGGCCAUUCAUAACUUAAAAGGGUAUGGUUUGGUCCUGCAGUCGCACUUGAGAGUAUCAUACUACCAACCUACUGAAGUAUAUUUGAGUAGGCGAGAGUACGACAAAAUAGCGUCAAUGACAGCGUUGAGACGGAGUGCACACUGACAUGGCUUCCAGUGGACCAUGCAGUCACUUUCCUUCCUAAUCCAGCGAGUCGUUAGGCUGCGCGCGUCAACGGCUCUACUACUUUCCGAUCCCACUCCAGUGAGUGCGUACGGCCUGGCUACGUCAGCGGAGGUGCUUCAGCAGGGCUCUCCGUUCGCGUUGUCCUUACGAAGAAUGCUGUUGACGUAUUCAACAAAAUUUCACUAAUAAAUUACACAUACCACACAAUCCCUCGGGCUGCAGUGGGUCGGGCUUGCAUAAGGCGCGGUAUAUCAGUUUACAUGUGCUUCUUUUCUGCCUUUCUAACUUUUAUUAUCAGUAUUAUAGAUUAGCUUGCCGGACCGUUUACUGAGACGUUUGCGGCACUGCUUGUUGACCGUCAUUAACUGGAUGCGAUUCUGCUACGUGCCUUAGGAAUUUUUCCUCCAAUUUGCUUCAUCUCAUUCAGGAGUGUUUUCGUGCGCACAACUCGCCAAACGCUGCACUAUGCCACUGCUGUGGUGUGGUUUAUGCUCACGGAAGUCGCAAACCUAUUGACUCUAGUUCCUUCGAGAAAGGCCAGGCGGGUUUACACUACUUUCUUUAAUUUCAGCCUGCCUUUGUCAAACACCGUCAAAGUUCAACUCGGUACCUCAGUCUUCUAUUAAAAUAGGAGGUCUAGCGUAAAAAUAGUUCUUUUAUCGCAAUCCAAAUCGUUCAUAUGAAUUCAUUUUAAACUUUCUUGGGUUGUGGCCAAUUCUGAUCGUGCUGAGUCUUCCUUCUGCGCUCAUUCAAGAAUCUGCAAAAUAGGCCCAUAUUCGCAACUUAGUAAUAUUUAUUCUGUAUCGAGAGCAUCUAAAACCAUGCCCACUUGGGUAUGCUGACACACUUAAACAUGUAUUCAUCGUAUGCUGUCUUGAUACUGCGUACGGUGAGGCGAAUUGAUUGCCCCCUGCAUUUCGGUAAAUUCAGCGCCCCUCCCGCCUUCUGCGUGGUUUGCUCGCUUACGGUCUGCAAGUGAAAUAAUUAAAAAUAUUUAUUCAUCUGAAUUGUGUACAGCCGCCUUUAAAACUCCAGGACUGCGCAUUCACUUAUCACUCACCGUUUUGUUCAACAAAUGACUUCACGGUUUCCUGGGCUACUACUUCAUUGUGAGUAGCUCUCUUCUAAAUUAAAAAUUCCACGACACACUUGCGUUACUUCAAAUAUGUUACUGCUUCCCGUGGCCAUUUCUUCGCAUUGUUCUGCACCCCUGUUUCGAUCAUGCAUCAUUUUCUUUGAACAUUUUGCAGAGCGAACUUUGCAAUGCGUUCGCAUUUCCCAUGGGUUGGAGGCUUUCCCGUUGCAUUUUUUCCUCGUUCUAUACAAUCCAGCGGCUCCCGCAAACUGUUCUGCACACAGCUUUCAAAUUUUUGUCACGCAUUCAAAUUUUACUUCUGUUAAAAUGCCUUCGUUUGGUCAAAUAGGACUCCCUUUGCCUUCCUACAUUUCCGCCUUUCCCUUGGCCUGCCCUAAGGCCUCAUACAUGAAACCCCUAUUACCGCCAUUCCCGCAUUACGGGCGCCCAGGGUUCCUCCUACCGCCAGUGGAGCUGCUGGACUAAACCGGCAGAGGGUUAGACGAAAAAGACUAAUAUUCGGUUGGACACAAGAAUAUAGACACCGCCCGUAUUACAAGUGGUCUCUCCCAACAUUUGCUGGAGCUUAGAGUUCUAGAUAGCGUUGGGGUCAGGACUAAGUUUAUGGUUAGGGCUAAGACCACGACUAGGAGAAAUUACACUUGCUCAUUCGACGCACCCUUGUGACCUUCUUCGAUAAUCCCCCAAGUUUCUAAAACUUCCUGCAAUUUGAAAGGUUAAUUUGGCAAACACGUGUUUUUUCGUUAACUCAUCAUUAGGCCAAAACAGUUACAUAAAAAUUGAAAAUAUGCUAAUUUCACAGGGUUUAUAAACGAUUCAUGGGCUAUUACUACUCCUCAUUCACACGCCACCCGCAUAGCGAAGCGUGUUACGGCGUUGUCGGCGUGUUAUGAUCAUUGGGUCGAGGGGUUGGGAGGAGGGGGAGGGUGACAUAGGCUGUGAGUGAUGUUUGUAAGUCGGGUACGUUGAGCACACAUCAUUGCCAUCAGGAGGUGGUGGCGGCAUGUAAUCAUCAUCUGGGAUCGGCGUUGGCCACGGAAGACAGAACGCCUAUGUCAACGUCUUCUGACAACAUAGCACUAAAUUGGCUGGCCGUAUAGCCACUGCCUCGGCUGUAGUUAGCACUCGUUGGCGUAGGCCUUCGGAGAAGCUUGCUAGUGUCCGAUAGACAACCUGAAAGGCUUCUUUGGCAUCGACUGGGUGAUUCGCAUUGACAAGAUGUGCGAGAAUAGAACUCGAAGUCGAUUUGUUCUCGCCUCUGCCUAGCCAGGUCGUUAUGUGUUCACGUACUCUUUUUUCCACACGCUUCGUUGUACGGCCACUGUAUUCCGCCCCACAAUUUAUAAACUGCAAUUUAUUCCAACUUUUAAGUCCGGACAUGAUGGAACUACCCAUUGACGGACUGGUCUGGAUCAAGAUUCGUUAAGAUGCGUCGGGCAUGUUCCUAUUUCUUAUUCCGACGUGCUGACUUAUCGCACCUGAUGAAUAGAUUACACCAGUACUCUUUUUGACUGCUACUUCGAGUGCACCCCUGCAGAUGUCUCAGUAGUAUCCUAGAUAGCCAGCUCGAUAAACUUUCAUCACAGCCUGCAUGUGCGCUUGCUCGCCUCAUCGCUCGCUCCUCUAGCAGCCCCUUCGUUAUGUCUGGUACAUGAAGAGGAAGAAGGGGGAGGGAGAAAACGGAGAAGAAGAAGAAGAAGAAGAAGAGGAAGAAGAAGAAGAAGAAGGAGGAGGAGGAGGAGGAGGAGGAGGAGGAGGAGGAGGAGGAGGAGAAAGAAGACGAGGACGAGGAGGAGGGCGAGAGUUGA